AUGGCAAAAUACACUGACUUCGUUAGUGGCGAAGCUUCAGAAAGCGAUGACGAGUCGAGACGCUUGAACUCUACCGCUCGAGAUUUGCAAGACGCGGAAUCACAGCAUGGAAGAUUAAACAGUUUGCGGCAGAUUGGUGGGGGCCUAAUGUUUGUUACCAAGGGUUCGCAAGUUUUUGCUUUUCUAAGCCUUUCGAUUCUGCUACAUUCUACUCCAGUUGGAAUGAACCUCGCGGUACCUUAA